GUGAUCAUCAGAGGACAAAGCUACUUCGGGGUGCGAAAUGGCCUUGAAACACUAUCGCAGUUGAUCAUCUUCAACGAGUUGACCAACCAGUUCCAGGUGGCUUCAAAUGUCUCCAUCCUUGACGCUCCAGUGUAUCCUUACCGAGGAAUCCUGCUGGACACCAGCAGAAACUUCAUCAGCAAAGCAACAAUCCUCAGGACAAUUGAAGCGAUGGGUAUGUCCAAGCUGAACACCUUCCACUGGCACUUAUCAGACUCCCAAAGCUUCCCCUACGUCAGCAGAACCUGGCCAAACAUGUCCAGGUACGGAUCUUACUCUCCAGAGAAGACUUAUUCUUCAGAAGACAUUAAAGAGAUCAUAAAAUUCGGAAUUCUUCAUGGAGUGCGGGUGGUUCCAGAGUUGGACGCUCCUGGACAUGUUGGCGAAGGCUGGCAGUGGGCUGGUGAUGACACUCUAGCUUGCUUUCGUGCUCAACCCUGGCAUAAAUUCUGCCAGGAGCCUCCUUGCGGUCAGCUUAAUCCAGUUAAUGAUAAAGUUUACGAAAUCCUGGGUGGGCUUUACAAAGACCUCCUGGAGGAUUUCACGCCUGAGAUUUUCCACAUGGGAGGAGACGAGGUCAAGACUAGUUGUUGGGCUUCCUCGGAGUCUAUUCGGAAAUGGAUGACCAAUAGGGGAUGGAGCUUGGAUGACAAUGGCUUCAUGAAGCUUUGGAUGUAUUUUCAAGAACUAGCUUUUGAGAAACUUAAUUCUGGAGAUGAGAAAAUUGAAAAGGCUGUUUUGUGGACCAGUUCGCUGACUGAUGAAGAGUAUUUGAAGUUCUUGGAUCCUGAGAAGUAUAUUAUACAAAUUUGGACGGAUAUUUAUGACAGUACAAUUAGAAGGUUGCUGGAGAAUGAUUUUCAGGUUAUUAUUUCGAACUACGACGCGCUGUACCUUGAUUGUGGGGUUGAAGCUUGGAUUGGUGAAGGAUCCAACUGGUGCUCACCUUACAAAGGCUGGAAGAAGAUAUACAAUAAUUCUCCUUUGAAUAUCGCCAGGCAUCAUGGAGUAGAAAAUAAGACUCAUUUGAUUUUAGGUGGCGAAGCUGCACUGUGGACAGAACAAACUGACAGCACUUCUGUAGACCCACGCCUGUGGCCAAGAUCGGCAGCUCUGGCGGAAAGAUUGUGGGCCGAGCCGGAAACUUCUUGGAGAAGCUUCGAACAACGGAUGCUUCUUCAUCGCGAGCGAUUAGUUAAGCGAGGAAUUAGGGCUGAUAGCUUAGAACCUGAGUGGUGUAGGUUAAAUCAAGGUCUUUGUUAGAAGAAUAAGAAUAUUAAAAUUUUUAGGAGAUAAUAUUGACUUAUUUUCUUUAUAACACCGGCCGACAAAUGAAAACUUUUUGAACGUUGUUUUGAUUUGAGUGAAAAAUAUCACUAAAUUAUAGUAUUUUAAACACAAAAAUACCUCGCGUUACUAAUGCCAGAAGGGCGCAUCUCAACAUCUACGCCUUUCUGGCUCUGCAGAGCCAAAAAAGC